AUGCUUAGGCGUGCCCGUAAAUAUCUAUCUAUCUAUCUAUCUAUCUAUCUAUCUAUCUAUAUAUAUAUAUACGCUCUAUAUGCAAGAGAAUUUUUUUUCAUUCUACUCUGUUUUUAUUCCGCUAUUUUCUUUUUUUCAUACCGCUUUUCUCCUUUUUAUUCCGCUCUUUUUUUUAUUCUGCUUUUCUUUUUCUUUUAUUCCGCUCUUCUCUUUUUUUAUUCCUCUCGUUUUUUCCAUUCCACUUUUCUCUUUUUAUUUUCAUUCCGCUCUUCUCUUUUUUUUUUUAUUCUGCUCAUUUUUUCAUUCCACCCUUUUUUAUUCUGCUAUUCUCGUUCCGCUCAUCUCUUUUUUCAUUCCGCUCAUUUUUCAUUCCGCUCUUCUCUCUUUUUUUUUCUUCUGGUCUUCUCUUUCUUUUUUUCAUUCCGCUCUUCUCCUUUUUUAUUCUGCUCAUUUUUUCAUUCCGCCCUUUUUUAUUCUGCUAUUCUCUCUCAUUCCUCUGGUUUGCCCUCGUCCGAUUUCGCGUCGUUCCUCUUCUCUGUAGUGUUUCUUUUUCUUCUUCUUAAAACUGUUACUCAGCAGCUGCUCCAGAUAGGAAUUAGACAAGCGAACAAAUGUGCCAAAUCCAUAGUUUGGCAUUUGGGAUUCCUGUUUGGUUCCAAGUGCUCCUUCCCUCCACUCAGGCAAUCUCAUCCUCAUCACGUAAGCAAAACUGGUUCCCACCGUAUUUUCCUUCCUGCCUUAUCUCUUUCCUUUUUCUUCUUCGCUCCUUCCUUCUCUACAAAACCACCAUCGUCUCGUUCCUCCUGUUCCUUCUCCUGUCUCACUCUCCCUUUUUUCUUCUUCCUCUCUUAUCGAUCCCUUUCCUCUUCUUUCUCUCGCACUUCUUUCUCUUAUAUUGCAUCUACUUAUUUCCUUUUUUUUUUUCCUCUUCUCUUGCCCCCCAACCUUUUUUCCUCUUCUAUUGCACUCCCCUAA